AUGCGACGCGCUCUCACCCAGGCCGGGACACUGCUGAACCAUGAAGCCUCAAUACCACUGUUCCUCUGUCCUGCCCUACUUAGAGCCCCCAUAACCACCACUCGCCGCGGUCCCUCCCGAGCCAGGUCGUCGACAAACUUUUCAACGUCAAGACCAAUAAAGGACCAAGUCCGCGCUGCUGUGCCUCCCACCGAAAACCAUGAUACAUCCCCACAGAAUCCACCAGUUUCAAGAUCACUGCCUCGAGCGUGCCCGGGAUGUGGUGCGCCCGCUCAGAUUUACGAACAAAAUGAAGCGGGGUAUUAUAACAUAGACAGGAAGGCAGUACGCGCAUAUCUCAAUCCAGUCCCAAAUACACCAAAAGAUACGGCGACACAAGAAGACCAUGUGUACGAAAAGGGACUCAGCAACGUCGAUCCCCAGUUGCUUGGAGAGUUGGGCAUUGCCAAAGAGGGAAAUCAAGUCCCCGACGACAAUGACCCACCACCAACACCAGUGUGCGACCGAUGCCACAGUCUCCUUCACCAUCGCCUAGGGUCGCCCAUCCACCAUCCGACCGUCGAUGCCAUACAACAGACCAUUGCUGAAUCACCGCACCGACGCAACCACAUCUACCAUGUCGUCGACGCUGCCGACUUCCCCCUCUCUAUUGUCCCAAACCUCCAGUCCUCCUUGCGCAUCCCCAAACUGCGUACACAAAACAGGCGAGCCAAACACAAGGGCUGGGUCGCCAAUGACCGUAUUGCAGAGGUCAGCUUCAUCAUCACAAGAGCCGAUCUCCUAGCGCCGAAGAAGGAGCAAGUCGAUGCGUUGAUGCCAUAUGUUCGAGAUGUGCUCCGCGAUGCCCUCGGUCGUCAAAAUGCGAAUGCGCGUCUAGGCAAUGUACGCCUCGUCAGUGCGAAGCGAGGAUGGUGGACCAAGCAGGUCAAAGAAGACAUAUGGGACCGCGGAGGCGCAGGCUGGAUGGUCGGCAAGGUCAAUGUGGGAAAAUCAAAUCUCUUCGAGGCUGUCUUUCCUAAAGGAAGGGGGGCGGACUAUCAAGAUGUGCGCAAGAUUCGGAGCGCAGCAGAACGAGAAGCAAUGCUUAGCAACGCAAAGACACUAGAUGAGCUCGUACAGGUCCAACGGCAACUCGCUGAAGAGGAUGCUGAGACGGAGCGCCUGAAAAACAAGCCACAGGAACAUCUUCACCAACCUCCAGAAGAACUUGAAGAGACGCCGGAAGAAGAAGAUGUUGAAGAUCCGGAUGCGCUCCUUCCCCCGCCCCAACCUUUCACACCCUAUCCCGUUCUACCGAUUGCCUCUUCGCUGCCUGGCACGACUGCAUCUCCGAUUCGCAUACCCUUUGGGCAGAACAGAGGUGAACUUAUUGACCUUCCGGGUCUUGCGCGCACAACUCCCGGGCUAGAGACUUUUGUCCAGCCUUCAGCACAUGACGACCUUGUAAUGAAGAGCCGUAUCAACUCGGAACGCUACACCCUCAAACCCGGUCAAUCUCUGAUACUCGGUGGAGGUCUGAUUCGAAUCACUCCCGUAACCCAGGACCUUGUCUUCCUCGUAUACCCCUUUGUGCCUAUUCACCCACACGUCACUCGCACCGAAAAGGCAGAAGAAUAUCAGGCCCAAACUUCCGAACGCCAACUCCAAACACCACCUAUUCUCGCCCCAAAUGUCGGUUCCAAAAUGCACUCUGCAGGCAAAUUUCAACUCAAAUGGGAUGUAACCAAGAAAAUCGCUGGCCCCGUCACCUCGCCCGUCGCGGGCAAAAUGAAGCCCGAAAACCUCCCCUUCAGAAUCUGGGGCACAGACAUCCUCAUCGAGGGCGUCGGCUGGGUCGAGGUCUCAGCGCAGAUGCGCAGGCCCCAGGGCUGGUCGCCCCCAGGUAUGAUCAAGAAAGAUCCAAAUCAAGCCCGACUCGACCGCCAAGCCCAACUCCAGGCCGAAGCCGACCGUAAACAGCGCAAAUUCGACGCCAUUGCGCGUGCAGAACGUGAGGGUAGAGAUCCCGAAGAAGUCCUUGAAGAAGAAUUCUACGAAGACAAGAAGAGGGAGCUGAUGGACCAGUGGGAAGAGGAUUAUCCCGAGGUCGAGGUUUUCUCCCCGCUGGGCAAGUUUGUGGGACAACGACGGCCCAUGUGUGCUAGUACUGUUAGUGGGCCAAAGCAGAUUUCUAGUAGAGAGAGGAAACAGCGGCCGAGACGGAGCAUGGUUAGUGUUAAGCGGCAGAGAAAGCCAAAGGGUACGGAUUGA